AUGACGUCAUUCCAGGUUCAAGAUACAAGGCGAUAUUGUAAGGCGUGGGUACGAUGCUCACAAUUUCAACUCGUGGAUCCACAUCAAGUUUUUGGUUGGAACUACUGGCGUCGCUUCCCUACAAUAAUCGUAGCCGAACACUCUAAAAUUGACUGUGAAUAUCGUGUAUCAAACGAGAUGAUGCCCGCUUGUCAUUUCGUUUUAUUAAUUGCUAUGGUAGGCAUCGCGAGCGCUUUCUUACCUCCUGCUAAGCCACUGGGAGGAAUAUCUCGAAAAACCCAAAUCAUACCUUCAUUUCACAUGUUUGACAAAGUUUUUGAAGACGAAGGACCUCUCGGAAAAGGUAUUACAGUAGGAAAAAUUCAAGUGGCAUUGACUGCCGGCGAUCGAUCUCCUUCGAGUAUUUUGGGUCUACUGGAGCGCAAGGCGCGAGCAGACGAUGACUCAUCCUACGGACUUGCGCGCUCGGCCUACGACGUCUGCAUGGCACUAUUGCGUAAAGAGGACGAUUGGGUUGGGGCAUGCAGCCAGAGUCAAUGGUUCAAGGGAGGCGAUAGUGGUAAAGCGGAGAGUACUUUUAAUACAUGGGCAGAUAAGGAAGGUGCCAAGUUCGAAAAGGAAUACAUCCCGGAAUCUAGUAAUGACGAUAAAGUUGGAGGCUCAACUACUGUUGUUGUUAGUAUGAUUAUUGAGAUACAAGGAGAUGCCACUGAGUUUGACGGUGCUGGAUAUACUCGGGAAGCUACAAAGAAAGUCCUCUCUAACAUUGCGAGUGACUGCAUGGUUGAAGAAGGUGACAACGUCAACGCUGUCGAGAUCUUUUGGACACCUAGCGAUCCGGAGGAAGUCUUGAGCAAGAACGAUAUGAUCAUUGACUUUCCGGAACUCAUUGACAUGUAA